CAAUCGGUUAAAUCCACUGUCGCCGCGCGGGAGAAAAUAUAUCUCGUGUUUGACAGCGACUCGAUCGCGUCGUGAUUUUGUAACUGCGUGCAUCGCGUUGUAUCGCGGAGUGCGCACGAUUCACGGGUGUCUAAUAAUACAGUGCGUCGCAUGUGUACCGAAGGAAGACGGUUCGUAUUACGGGCGUCCGCUUCCCCAUGCCAGUUACGGGUCGACAAUCGCAAACUUGAAGGAAAUAAUUUAGACAAAUUAUGGCGCCCACCCCGAAGUAUAAAGUUGCAUAUUCGAGAAAACUUGGCAGGUGCCUUGUAGCAGCUAAAAAUAUAGCGGCAGGAGAAGUUAUUAUUCGGGAGCAACCGAUUGCGGUCGGCCCGAUGACGUAUAAGAAAGAUUGUUUGUGUUUUGCAUGCCUGCGUUCGUUAUCGAGGAUCGGCGAAGGGAAACAAUAUACUUGCUCCAGAUGCAACGUCGCACCGUUGUGCAGCGUAGCGUGCGAGACACGGACGAUCCAUCACACGAGUGAUGAAUGCUGGAUACUUCGGGAGAAUCGAGACUUGCUGGCGGGGAAAGGAAUCGACGUAACAGGAAUUUUGUUGGUUUUGCGAUUGUGGCUGAUAAAAUGCAGAAAUCCGACUGUAUGGUCACAAGUAAACAACAUGGAGGCUCAUCUGGACAAAAGAAUGAACACGCCGGUUUGGGAGGACAGAGAAGUCAAUGUAGUAAAUGUGAUUCAAAUGCUUCGCGUACCUGAUGAAAUCGAGCCACCCAGUGCGGAAUUAAUGCAGAAAUUGUGCGGCAUUUUAGACGUGAAUACCUUCGAGUUGCGAUCACCUGGCGUUCUUGACGGUCUUCUUCUUCGAGGUUUAUAUGUUGAAGCAGCUUUGAUGGCUCACGAUUGCAGAGGCAACACUCAUCUCACCGUGGACAAUGAUUUCCAGCUGAGCGUUUAUGCGAGCGUAACAAUCAAGGAAAAUGAGUCUAUUCUUUUCAAUUACACUUCGUCACUGCUGGGCACAGCCGACAGAAGAGAGCAUCUUCGUGAAGGAAAGUACUUUGAGUGCGAAUGCUCUUUGUGUAAGGAUCCCUACGAGUUGCAGUCGCAUUUGAGUAGCGUGCUGUGCCCACGCUGCAAAAAAGGAUUCGUCGGGAUACAAGACACUUCCAUCGUCGAUCCGUAUGAACGGGAAAGUCGGUGGCAGUGUCAGAUGUGCAAGAGGACCUACGGCGGUCGUCUCAUCAGAGCCACGCUGAAUAUCUGCAGAACGCUCAUCGAAGAAUGCGAGGAUACCGAUAUAAAAAGUCUAGAUGGUUUGCUUCGAAAAUUAUCACGAUCAUUACACAUCAAUCACUUCCUGAUGCUAUCCUUGAAGCAGAAGUUAUUGGCGGCAUACAGGAAAGAAAUGACAUCUCCAAAUCCUCAGAAGAAAAUCAUACAAAAGAUGUUGGGCACGUGCAAGGAAGUCUAUAGCGUAUUGGACAUAGUAGAGCCGGGUAUAUCACGUUUGAAAGGAAUAAUGUUAUAUGAAAUGCAUUUGCCUAUAAUAAUACUGGCGAAUCGAUCUUAUUCUGCUCGCGAGAUCUCGUCCGCACAGUUGGCGCAUCAACUACAAGAGGCCAGAGAUCUUCUAAAGAAAGCCCUGACUAUGCUGCUUUUGGAGCCUGCAACUACUCCGGAGGGGAAAUUGGCUAAGCGAGCGCUGGAAGAAUUACGAACGCUAAAUCAGAACAUAGACGACGUGAAGUCCUUACCACCGGAAGAACCGAAAGUCUAUGCGCGUAGAGCGAAAGAAAAUCGCAGAAAGAUCAAAUGACAUAUAUUACGACGAACGAGAUAUUUCUUCUUACAAGUUACAAUUGUUAUUACUUAUGUCGAUAUGAUUAUUAUUCAUAUUGUCACGUAAUGAUAUACUGUUUUAUAUCGUGAGAAAAUUGUUAUUCUGUAAUUAUACUGCAUAAUAAUAAUAAUAAACAAAAAAGAAACAA